AUGGACAUCAUGAAUAUACACCAAAGUUUGUGCAUGGCAGGACGCCUGCCUGUGCGUACAUCACGCCUCUGCUCUGGAAAGCGGCUCUUAUGUUACACGGCGCAAAAGUCGUCCAAGUCAGAUGCUAAGACUGGUUCGUGCAUGAUUUACCCAAGCAAUAAUCGUCUCUCAUUGCUAAAGUUUCUCGAAGUUCAGAGCCCGUCCGAGGAUCCAUCGAAAGUCCGCGACAACAACCAGGAAUCAAAACCCAAAGUGACCAGAAGUGUUGCUCAAGCGGACGAGGAGCUUCGUGAACGCCUCGAGCAGAUGUCUGGUGAGGGUGGGGCCUCUGGUAUCGAAUAUGAGGAUGGCAAACCAACCGCCAUGAAACGGAGUGUUCGCAACAACAUGUUUCGCUACAUCUGA